AUGUCUUCCCACGUUCUCGGCGACAAGGACGUCAACGCCUCCAUGGAGCAGCAGCAGCAGCAGCAGCAGCAGCAGACCGCCCAGUGCAAGGAUGUCAAGAGCAUGGACUACCACCGCCAAAUCUUCCAGAGCAAAAUGGCCCAGGAACCGUACGUCGUCUCUCGCAAAGCAUCCUCUGCGUCCUUUCGCAAGGUGCCCAGCACGCCGCCCGUGACGUCUUCUCGUCCCGCGGCCGUCGCCAAAAACACUGCCAAUUCUUCAGAUGCCUCGUCUUGUUCUACUUCUUCUUCUUCUUCUUCUCCUUGCCCGUCGUUGGUUUCUGAUUCUGCUUCUUCUGCUUCUUGUUCUGCUCCCUCUCCUGCGCCGUCCAUCACCGUCCUGCCGCGAUUGCCCACUAACAAGGCCCUGAUGGUUUUUAGUACCAAGCAAUACGUCUCGCCCUCGGACAACAUCAUGAGCCCCUGCUCGGCCAAGAUCAGCGCUCUCCGGAACAAGCAAGUCAACAAAGCCAAGCCGAAGUCGCUCUUUGCCCAGGCCAGCGCUAAGAAGCUCAGCGCCGACAACCUCUUUGGCAGCAAGUCCAUCCCCAAGGAAUAA